AUGACAUGCCUGAGCCCAGAUAUGCCAAUAUUCCGGAGUGGAAGAGCUUCAAACUGUUGUACCGGGAUUGCGCAAGUGAUUGACAAAAUGGGUGAGAACUCAGCUAUGGAAGAACAAGUUUCACCGCGUGCAGUUGCUGUCGAUUCCCCGUCCUCAAAAAUGCUCCAAUUCCUUCGAAAACAUUACGGAUUGACAAAUCCAAUAUUUGCCUCGAACAAUUAUGUGAUUUUUCCGGGAUUUUUCGAACAACAGAAACUGACCUCAAAUGUCGAAUUGAGUCGACUAUCCUCCGCCGAGGAAACUCCGGCUGCUGUUUUGAUCAAUUCACCAAGAACGAUCUCCCCGAAACAGACAAGCCCAUUGGAGCGAAGUAAUUUCACGAUUCCGCACACUAGAGUUCAUGCCAUGCCCACUAAACUGACCGUUAUUAAGCCGUACAAAGACGCGGAAGAACUUCCCGUCAUUCAUAAACCCAGUGAUAAUGUGGAACGGCCACAUGUGAGUUCCAAAGGUAAAACAAAUAUAAUUGUGGAUCCUUCAAAAGAACGAAAUCCGAACGAAUUUCCAAAGAGCGAGGUUUCUGACACGUAA